AUGCCGUCGAUUGACAAGGCCACCGACAACGGUGAGCUAAAGCAGAGGCAGCCGGAGCAGGAGCUGGUCUGCGUCACGGGCGCGGGAGGCUUCAUCGGCUCGUGGGUGGUGAAGGAGCUCCUCCUCCGUGGCUACCGCGUCAGGGGAACUGCCAGGGACCCAUCUGACCGCAAGAACGCACAGCUGCUGGCCCUGCAGGGUGCCCAUGAGAGGCUCACCCUGUGCCGCGCCAAUGUCCUCGACUACGACGGCCUCCGCGCCGCCUUCCGCGGCUGCAAGGGCGUCUUCCACGACCUCGUGCCGGUCACCGUAGAGGGCACCAGGAACGUGAUCAGCGCGGCCGCGGACGCCGACGUGCGGCGUGUGGUGUUCACGUCGUCCUACGGCGCCGUGCACAUGGACCCUAACCGCAGCCCCGACACCGUGCUCGACGAGACCUGUUGGAGUGACUAUGACUUCUGCAAAAGCACAGGCAACGUGUACUGUUGCGCAGUGAUGAUGGCGGAGAUCACGGCGACGGAGGAGGCAGCCAAGAGGGGGUUGGAGCUGGCGGUGGUGGUGCCGUCCAUGACCAUGGGCCCCAUGCUACAGCCGGCGCUCAACUUCAGCAGCAACCACGUAGCCCGCUACCUCACCGGCGCCGAGCCCACCUACCCCAACGCCGUCGCCACCUACACCGACGUCCACGACGUCACCCACGCCCACGUCCUUGUCUAUGAGCAUCCCGAGGCUUGCGGCCGCUACCUCUGCAUCGGCGCUGUGCUGCAUCGCACACACUUCCUCCAGCUCCUCAGCGAGCUCUUUUCGCAGUACCACAUCACCGCCAAGUGUGAAGACGAUGGCAAGCCAAUGGCGAAGCCCUACAAGUUCUCCAACCGGAGGCUCACGGACCUGGGAUUGGAGUUCACUCCAGUGAGGGAAAGUUUGUACGAGAGGGUGACGUGCUUGCAGAAAAAGGGCCACCUGCCUCUGCCCGUUGAUCCCCUGGCGCCAAAGUGUGCCUACUUGUAA